AUGGCUGAACCGAGUCCAAAAUUCCUGCAACUUGGUGAGCUUCAUCCUUUGAUUCGGGAGAUCUUGUCUGCUACUGGAACAGCCGGAGCCUCUAUUGGAAUCAUACACCGCGGCGAAACAUGGUCGGAUCAUUUUGGGUUUCGAGAUCACGCACGCUCAAAGGCUCCAGAUGACGACACCUUAUACACCAUAGGUUCUUUGACCAAGGCGAUGAUCGCGCAAGCGGUCGCAACAUUGUCGACCAAGGUUGUUAGCAUUAUUCCAGAAUUUGACAACGUGGAUAGCCUGAUGACGGAUCACUGCACAAUAUCUGACUUGCUAUGCCAAAGAAGUGGCCUGCCAACCUUCAAUGCCUUGUGGUAUCAAGGGGGCUCCCGGUCGCUUGUUCAGAAGCGCGACUUGAUCCCAAUGGUCAACAAAAUAAAUCCACUUUUCCCUCUUCGCAGCGGCUGGUGUUACUCGAACUGGGGAUAUGCACUGGUCGGUCUUUGCAUCGAAAGAAUCACGGGUGAACCCAAUAUAUGGAAGCCUUUAGCGAUGUCCCGCAUCAAUGCAGAUCAAUCAGUACGAGACAAUUUGAAUGUCGCACAGGGGUUCUCUGCGCUUCCAGACUUGUCUCUCUACCCGGUACAAACUCAAGAACUUGACUCCGAAUCAAUCAUGGGCGCUGCUGGUGGGUACUAUAAGUCCUUGUUGGACACACUUCGGGCACAAGACGCAGGUGCCGAUUCCAAAUCUGUGCUGAAGCAGACUGGUCGAAUCUUGUCCGGUCAUGUUGUUUUCAAUCCGCCUGCGUUUGGCUCAAUGAGCGAGAACACAUAUGGCUACGGCUGGAUCAAGACCAGACUACCAGCCGCAAUGGGCCUGCUCGGUGAUAACCCAGGGCUCGUCGCCUCUAUGCCAGUACUCUCCAGAGGAGCUCAACCUCAGACCGUCUUCUACCACCAGGGAGGUUUAUCUGGAUCAACGACCUGCGUAAUUCUGCUGCCCGAGACUGAAACAUGCAUCAUCACCAUGACUAAUACGCGUUCCAUCGGCGAUUCGGCCGACUGGAUCGCCCAACUGCUACUGGGGCACAUUACUGAUCCUCCAGAAAAACACGAUUUCUUACAGUUGGCUCGUGAAUCGGCUCGAGGCCAGACUGCGCGUUAUCCUCAAGCGAAGGAACCUUUGGACAAGGACAAACACCCUCAGAUAGCGACAGGGCCUCUUGAUGACUACAUGGGCCGCUAUCUCUGGAGCAGCGAGUGUUACUUCCUCGACAUUCGUAGGAAAGGAGAUGGGCUCCAGCUCCAGAUUUGUGCCAGAGACGAUCAAAUGUACGACCUAACUCAUUACCAGGCGGACGAGCUCACCUGGUUCAUGACUUACGAGGAAGAGCAGAAGCGAGGCAGGCUUCGUUUCAAACGAAGUAGCAGAGGAGACAUAGUUUCACUCACGUGGUGUGACAUGGGUGGCGGACCUGGCGACUUCAUAAAGACAGCGUAG